UUUUCUUUUCCUUCUCUUGAUCUUUUUUUCUUUGGUUUCCAUUACGUAUUUAUUGAAUGAUAUCUUUUGUACUUAUUGUGAACAAAACUUGUCAAACACGAUUUGCAAAAUACUAUACUGAAUCUACUAUAGAACAUUGUCAAUUUGAAUUGGAACUAGCUAAACAAUGUGUAAAACGACCUGAACAUCAUUGUCUAUUCUUUGAAUUUGAAGGUUAUGAUAUUGUGUAUCGACCAUAUGCUUCAUUGUAUAUUAUUGUUGGUUAUCCACCUGAUCAAGAGAAUGAAUUUGGAAUAUUGGAAUGGAUACAAUUAUUUGUGGAAACAAUGGAUAUCUACUUUGAUAAAGUGACGGAAUUAGACCUUGUGUUUCAACUUGAAAAAGUGCACAUGAUCUUGGAGGAAAUAUUACCAAAAGGGUUACUUGGUGAAGCCAAUCAAGAUCGUAUUCUCUCUCCUGCUAUCACUACUGCUUGGAACUCCGUUUGAACUUUAAAAAAAAAGGUUAGAUAUGGGAUUGUCUCUCUCUUUUUUGGGAAAUAAAAAAAAAAGUUUUUUUUUU